CGUCCCAACUCCACCGGGACACGAACAGGUCUUCCACCAUAUACAGACUCCAUUCUUCUCCUAUUUAUGUUCCCACCCACUUUGCUCUCUUUCUUUCAAACAACCCCCUCGCUGCUCUUCUCUUGCUUCUACAAUGGCCGCUCCAACUCCACUUCUGACUAAUGAGCUUGACAUAGUCAUACCCACAAUUCGGAACCUGGAUUUCCUGGAAAUGUGGAGGCCUUUCUUUCAACCCUACCAUCUGAUCAUUGUGCAGGACGGUGAUCCUUCGAAGACCAUCAAGGUCCCUGAUGGGUUCGAUUACGAGCUCUAUAAUCGCAAUGACAUUAACAAGAUUCUGGGUCCUAGGGCUUCUUGCAUUUCCUUCAAGGACUCUGCUUGUCGCUGCUUUGGCUACAUGGUUUCCAAGAAGAAGUAUAUCUUUACCAUUGAUGAUGAUUGCUUUGUUGCUAAAGACCCAUCUGGCAAAAUGAUCAAUGCCCUUGAACAGCACAUUAAGAACAUUCUCUCCCCAUCAACUCCCAAUUUCUUCAACACCCUGUAUGAUCCUUACCGUGAGGGUGCAGAUUUUGUCCGUGGAUACCCUUUUAGCUUACGUGAGGGUGUUCCAACUGCUGUUUCUCAUGGCCUCUGGCUCAACAUUCCAGAUUAUGAUGCACCUACGCAGCUUGUGAAGCCUCUUGAAAGAAACACUAGAUUUGUGGAUGCGGUUAUGACAAUUCCAAAAGGAACUCUGUUUCCUAUGUGUGGUAUGAAUCUGACAUUUGACCGUGAUCUUAUUGGUCCCGCCAUGUACUUUGGUCUCAUGGGUGAUGGUCAGCCAAUUGGACGCUAUGACGAUAUGUGGGCUGGCUGGUGUGUCAAGGUGAUAUGUGACCAUUUGGGAUUGGGAGUGAAAACAGGGCUGCCGUACAUAUGGCACAGCAAAGCUAGCAACCCGUUUGUGAACCUAAAGAAAGAGUACAAAGGCAUCUUCUGGCAAGAAGAUAUCAUCCCUUUCUUCCAAGCGGCCACCCUUCCGAAGGACUGCACUAGUGUCCAACAGUGCUACAUUGAACUUUCGAAACAGGUCAAAGAAAAGCUCGGGAAAAUAGAUGAAUACUUUGUCAAGCUAGCCGAUGCCAUGGUCACAUGGAUUGAAGCCUGGGAUGAGCUCAACCCAGGCAAGGGUUCUGCCAAACUGCCUAACGGUUCUGCAAAGUGAAAAUUUUGAGUAAACAGUGUGGACUGCCUUUAGUUUUCUGUAGUUUUGAUUUAAAAAAAGGUUGUCAUACAUUUUAUAUAUCUUUGCUUUUCUUUGUAUUCUCAGAUUUCUGUGAUCCCAUGUUUGGGUCUGCAGAUUGGCGGAUGUUAUAUCUUACUGUUUUACAAGUUUAUGAAUUUAGAACAAUAAAUGAUAGUUGGUUCAGUUUUAAA